AGGUGGUGGUGGGGGCUCUGUCUCCGUCUCUGUCUGUGUCUCUGCGUCUCUGGCAUUCAUGUUAUUGUGUGGGUCCGUCCGCUCUCUGGAUACGAAACUGCAGCAUUACUGUAAAUUGUGAUAAUUGAUUUCAAUUUAUUCCAUGCCGUCGGCACCGUGUGUGCGCCGUAGUCGACGAUGUUUGAAUCAAAAGAAAAACUUCGCGCGCGUCGUGCAGUUGCGGACUCCACUACCGCCGCAGGAACUAGAACGGAUUCGAGCAAGAUGCAGCUAUGCCGGGCCUGCCUGGUGCUACUUCGACCCGAGGAUGUGUCCUACGACCUAUGCAGCGAGAAGGGCUUGGCCACCAAAUACUUCUCCUGCACCGGAGGCGACCCAGACAUAGACCUUCAGAUGAAGGAAGAGGAACAACUGGUACCGCAGCAGCUGGUGCUGAAAAGUAUCUGUGAAUGUUGCUACCAGUUGGUGCAGAAAUUCCACGACUUUCAACGCAUGUGCGAAGAGUCCUCCAGGAACUUUGAGAAGCUUCUGGCGGUGGUAAACUCUCAGGAUUCCGUCCAUAAUUCCAUCGAGGAGCACGCUGUAACCAACACCGGUUCGGUUCUGCCAGAAUAUGAGACCCUUUCGGAAGGCAUUCCGUGCAAUGACGAGGUCUUUGGGGGUCCGGAAACGCUGACAGCCACAGAAUCAAUCGAAGAUAUUGAGGAAGUGUAUAUUAUUGAGGAUGAAGCUGCAAAGAAAACACUGGGAAAGGAGAAGAUUCCCAUAUCGUCACGACAAAAUGUGCCCGGGCAACGCAAGCAGGGACUGAGAUACACGCUCAACUGCAGUAAAUGCAAUCGGGGAUUCUACAAAAUCUCAUCGCUCGAGGCCCACAUGAAGAAGCACGACGGGAUAAGUCCUCACACGUGCGUACACUGCGGCAAGAGCUUCGCACGAGCAAAUCUCCUAGAAUCACACCUCCGCGAGAAGCACUCCGCUCAGAGUAUAACCUAUCCGUGUCCCAUGUGCGAUAAGGUAUACAGUGCUUCGCGCAGUCUGAACUACCACUUCAAGAGGGAGCACAAAAGUGUACAGAAGCAGGCGACAGCCUCAAUGCACAUGUGCGACAGGUGUGGGAAAUCGUAUGCGCGAAAGGCGCACCUUGCACGCCACGAAUGGGUGCACAGGAGCAUGGAUGAGCGCCGUCAUGUAUGCCAGUUCUGUGGCCAACGCUUCUACACGAAGCAAAACAUGGUGGAUCACCUGCAGCGACGGCAUACCAGCAGCAAGAGUCUAUUGCGGUGCAAUAAAUGCGGCCGCAUCUUCCGUACUCGAGCGGCCCUGGCGGUACACCAAAAAAAGCAUACGACUACCAGCACAGCGCAAACAGGAUCAAUCCUCAGCUCGGAUCGCUAAGGAAUAAGUAGUUAGUAUUUUGUUGUUUUAUUUAUGGUGGUUCUCAAUAUCUUUCAAGCCAACUCAACUAGUAGUUACAAUGUUUCGAAUUACUAUAAAUUUAUUAUUACAUUUAGGUAGAUGGGAUAUAAAGGCCUGCUGCAUAGAAUAUUAGUGAGAAAUACUUGCUCGAUGAGUGAGUAGGUGUUUUCGGGAGAGUCGUUCUUUAAAAUUAGCUAACAUUCACUUCAUGGCCGGCGCAGCAAUGUCGCAUAGACCAAAUCGAAUACAAUAUGUAAGUCGGGUGGCAUCGAUUGAUCUGCUAUGAUGCUGGCAUAUCUCAAAAUCAUGUAUAAAAACAAUUAACUAAAAUUUAUGCUUAAGCUUAAACGGACAGAUUUAAAAUACGUGAUUACCAUUACAUUCAUAAUUCAGUAAUUUGUUUCAAAAAAAAGUAUAAUAAAGAUUAUCCGAUUA